GCGGUCCGUACGGCAGUAGUCGUCUUUCCGCUUCCACGUCGUCCGCGCGUUCGGCCGUUCGUCCGCCCGUCCGUGUCUGUCCGCGUCUUGAGCGCGAUCGCCGUACUCGCGCCGCGUCCUCCCCGAAUCCCCGGAGACUCCGUCCGAUCGUCUCGCACCAACUCGAUUCCCGCUCUCGGUCGGUCUCGUCGAUCCGCGUUCAUCUCUCUUUUUUUUUCGAUUUUCACCUCUGUCGAAAUCUUUCGCGUGAAACUCUCGCGUGAUCAGUUCGCCGGCGCCUCUCCCGCACUUGCCCGACAUUAACCGUCGUCGUUCGGCUAUUCCUUCUUUUCCGAAUAUAUAAAAAUAACCACCACUACCCGAUUUACUGUCGUACGCGACACGACACGUCCGAUAGUGACGAGUGAAACGAUUGUCGUCUUCGUCCGUCUCCGCCGGGCCGGAGGAACAGUGGCCUCUGCGGCAGUCGGUUUCGUCUAGUUCGACUUACGGACAGUUCGUGAUACACGUGAUCGUACGGCAGCGGCGUUACGGUGACGAGGCAAUUCGCUCGCGCAUGAGGGCGGAAGCGGUCGCGCUGCAGUGAUCGCCGCCGGUCGGCCGACCGCCGUCGACACCACCGCCGCCGACGCCUCAGCUUCAUCUGCAGCGCCGUCAUGACGAGUACGACGACGAAGACCACCACCGCGAUGACGGCGCUCGCGGUCUGGUGCGUAGCCACCGUGAUGGGCGCCGCCGGCGGUCUGGUGCUGGACGGCACCUACGGCCAAUUCCGGAAGUGGAACGCGGGCGUCAACGGCACGCUGGAGAUGGAGUUCAAGACCCGGUCGCCCAACGGGCUGCUCAUGUACACCGACGACGGCGGCACGUACGACUUUUUCGAGCUGAAAAUGGUGGAGGGCACCAUGCGGCUGCGGUACAACCUGGGCGCCGGUGCCCAGAUACUGAUGGCCGGCCACGACCUGUACGACGGCCGGUGGCACCGGGUGGCCAUCGAGCGCCGCGGCCGCGUCACCGCCCUGACCGUGGACAACGCGACCAGCGCGGCCGCGUCCGCCGGCAAGGAGCUGCAGUUCGGCCGGCUGGCGUCCAACUCGGCCGUGUACGUGGGCGGCAUGCCGGGCUGGUACAACGGCCGGCUCACCCGGCUCGCGCUGCCCAGCGUCAUUUUCGAGCCCCGGUUCAGCGGCGCCGUCCGCAACAUCGUCUACACCGACGACUUUUACCCGUACCCGAGGCGGCAGACCGCCGUCACCGACACGAACCGACAGCCGAAGUGUACCGGUACAAGAUGUCGUCGUACGCUGAAUAGAGACAAAAAGUCAAAGGUUAAUGGUGGAGGAAUUAGCGGUAAUCGCCGUGGUGGAGGUAAUUCAGAUGCCUGUGAAAAACACGACCCUUGUCAACAUGGUGGGAUUUGCAUAUCUACAGACGAUGGCCCGAAAUGUCAAUGCCGUGAUAAAAAUUUUGAAGGAGCAUACUGUGAGAUAGAUAAGGUGAUGGCAGAAGCUUCAUUUACUGGAGGAGAAUUUUUGAAAUACGCUUUCGAUGGUAACACUGAAGGAGAUUCAUUCGUAUUACAUUUCAAAACUAAAAAACCUGCUGGACUACUUUAUCAUAUGGGAGAUGGCUCAAGUAACUACUUAAACGUAGGUAUCGUCACUGGUGGUAUUACAGUGACGAUGAGAGUUGGCACAGGCUCAUUGGACAUGUUCAUCAAGCCAAACAGAAUACGAUUCGAUGAUAAUCAAUGGCACAAGAUAUCAGUUACACGCAAAGUACAGGGGAUAUCUGCAGUUACCAGUUUUUGCAAGCUGGCCGUGACAGUAGACGAAGUGUACGGCGAACAAGGGAGUUCUGCGGGUGCGUUUACGUCCUUGACCCUAGGAUAUUUAUACCUGGGUGGCAGUGAGAACACCGUUGCGUUACCGGGCACAAAAGCGAGCACAAACUUUGUGGGAUGCAUUCGAAAAGUGGAGUAUACUUCCGAUGGCGUAAACAAAUACGAUUUCUUAGAAAUGGGAAAAACUGGUAUUUCGUCUAUACUUGUAUAUGGCCGAUUGCAAUUUUCGUGCCAAGACUUUGGAAUGGACGAUCCUGUAUGUUUAUCUACGCCCCGAUCAUUUCUCAUGCUGCCUAAUUGGGACGGUACGACCAGUGGUUCGAUUUCAGUAAAGUUUCGAACCAACGAGCCAGAUGGUCUAUUAUUUUUUAGUAGAGGCCAAACUGAACAUACCUCUGGUAUUUAUGCGGUUGAAAUGGUUGACGGACGACUUUACGUGUAUUUGGACUUGGGCGCUGGUGGCACUCGCGCUGAAGUGAGUUCGGAAAAAACUAAAGUCAACGACGGUCAAUGGCAUGAGUUUUCGAUAUGGCGCAAUGACAGAGAUAUACACUGCACCGUAGACGAUUACUCUUCAGAUUUUACAACAAAUGGUGAUUCUAAUCAGUUACACCUACAGAACGGUAUCAUGUUGGGAUUCGGUGGUCGGGCGGUGUAUCACAAAAAAAUACCGUCUGGCGUGUGGACACUGUCAUUAGAAACGGGAUUUGUAGGGUGCGUGCGUGACCUCGUCCUGGAUGGUGUAGCAAUCAAUUUAGUCAGCUCGUCUCUAGAACAGGACCAUGUGUCUGUUACACCACAUUGCCCUGAAUCUACAAACAGUUGUCAAUCAGAUACUUGUUAUAACGGAGGAAUUUGUCACGAAGGUUGGAACCGAGUGAUAUGUGAUUGUUCAAAUACUGAGUACGCUGGUGCUACUUGCAUGAAAGAAUCAUCCAUGUACAGUUUUAACGGAACACAAUACGUACAAGCAAUUAUGCCGGAAAAAAUGGCGACUCAAGUUGAAGAUAUGUAUUUUCGAUUCAAAACAAAUAGGCCAUUGGCCGUAUUAAUGAAGACUUUUGAUAGUUCAUGGGAUAGACUAGAAAUUGCAUUAAUAGUUGGAAAAAUUAGAUUAGCCUUGAAAAUCGGUGACAAAGAAAAGGUUGUUUUAUGCGGAUCUCAUUUAGACGAUAAUAAUUGGCAUUCAGUACACUAUAUUAGAAGGGCACAUGAAAUUCGUUUAAAAGUGGACAAUAUCACUGUAAAAAACGAUUCCGACAUGGAAGAUAAAAUAACACUUAAAUGGCAAGGUCUAUUAGUUGGUGGCACGCCUCCUAAGGAUCCAGACGCUUUAGCAAAUCUCCCUAGCUUUAUCGGUAGUAUGCAACAGUUUAUACUAAACAAAAUCAAUUAUUUUGAUCUUGCAAAAAUUUCAACCAGAGGCUUUUCGGAAGACUUGCCCAAAGUACAUAUGACCUCCAAAUACCAAAAACAAGAAAAACCUCCUUCGUUGGUGCACACGGUUACGUUCCUAUCAAAGAAUACUUUUAUAGGAUUGCCGCCAUUAAAGGCUUACUCCAGAAUGGAAGUAUAUUAUAGAUUUAAGACUAAACAUACGUCCGGAUUGUUUUUCUAUAACGGUGGAAAACACAACGAUUUUGCACUUGCUGAACUAAUCAAUGGUCACAUACUUAUCAACAUUCGUUCAGGUACGCACGUGAUUCGUCUUCGAGAUACUUCAAAAAAUAGUUACAGUGACAACUAUUGGCAUUCGGUACACUUGUUACAAAUAUCGGCCACUAUGUUCUGUCUACUUAUUGACGAUCAAGUAGCGUCAACCACGACCAUUUCUAGACCUCAUAAUAUUCAAUUAAACGGGAUGUUUUACGUUGGUGGUGUGCCUAAAGAACUGCAUAAACGUCAGUCAAAGCAUAUACACUCGAGACACGGGUUUGAAGGAUGCAUGUCCGGUCUGGAAUACAACGGCGAAUCUCCAGACAUGGUUGAGAACGCCACCAUACCCAGCACACUCAUCACCGUUGGUUGCGACGGACUCAGCAAAAUGUGCACGCAAGAUAUGUGUGACAACCAUGGGACGUGCGUGGAACAGUGGAAUUCGUAUUCAUGCGAUUGCGACAUGACUGCGUUUGUUGGACCGACAUGUUCAGAACCUUCUAUUUCCUAUGAUUUUGGUCCUGAUGGGGGUCUUGUAACAUAUGCGUUCCCCGACGGACGCCAACCAGAUAUGCAAAAUGACCUAUUGGCUUUGGGUUUCAUCACGUCUAAAUCCAGUGGUGUGCUAUUCCGUGUAGAAAGUAGCACUUCUGGUGAUUACCUACAGCUUGAAAUGGUGAAUGGGCACAUAGUAGUAGUUUACAAUGUUGGAACUAAUGACCAUCCCAUCGGUGAAGCCAAUGUCAUAGUGAACGACAAUUCCUAUCAUUUGGUCAGAUUUGUAAGGUCGGGGCCAAACUCGACGUUGCAAGUGGACGAUAACAGUAUGCAAACUCUGUAUCCUUCAGGUCACCAACUCAGCGUUUUUAAUAGACAGUCAACAAUUCAAGUUGGCGGUAGGUGGAAUAAAACUAAACAACGUAUUGAAGACGCAUUCGAAGGAGUAAUGGUUGGGUUGGUCUUCAACGGACUUAGAGUAUUUGACUUAACAGCCAAUAGAGAUCCGAGGACAACCAGCAAAGGAGACGCACAACAGUUAUCAUCGAUUUUGGACAGGCUGAACGAACACUCUCUGUUGGACACCAUGCAACAGACACCAGCGUCGGGUGUAAUGGACGAUCUAGUAUACUCUGGAGCAGGAUCUGGUUGUAACCACGACGAUGAAGACCAAUGUACUGUUACAUUUGAUGUUGGAUCUGGAGAUGACUUGAUUACUCCUGUGUACGUACCUCCAACAGUUGUACCCCCUCCAUCAUUAGUAACUGAUGUCCCCGGAGCAUGUGAUGACGAAGAGACCGACUGUAUUACGGGUUCAGGAUUUGGCCCUACUUCUUCUACUGAUGAUUCAGCAACUACUAUUAAAGGUUCACGUACGGUGGUGGUGACCUACGGUGGUAACUGGACGAUGACGCCCGUCAACCAAACCACAUGGGUGGAACAACAUUCGACGAACAAGACGAAUGCGGGGGCGACAGUGAGCACCGCGGUGCCGACCACUAACCAAACGGAGCCGUACUGGUCGUCGGCCGCCACGACCACCGCGACGAAAACGGCCACGCACUCGAGGGCGCCCGGUACGGCUGUGACCGUGACCGCGACCGCGGUGACGAACACGUCGAGCAGUUCGGUCGGCGGCAACGAAAAGUCGACCAGCACGGGCACCGGAACCGUGGUCAUCUCAUCCACGAGUACCACCAGCACCACGACGCACUCGACGUUCUUCGACGGCGACGACAAGGAGAAUGACGUGAAACCGGGCGGCGACGGCGGCGGCGGCGGCGGCGGCGGUUACGAAUACGGCGGCGGUAACCGUUACGGCGGCGGUUACGACGAACGCGACGGCGAGACGAUGAUGACCACGCCAAACGUGGUGUUCGGCGGUGAGCCUUUCCCGCCGGCGGCCAAACCGACGCCGCCCAAACACGCCGAGCCGCCGAUCAACACAAAGGCGGCCGAGAGCACGGCGUUCGUAGUGCUCGUCACGGCCGCCACGCUCAUCAUCAUCGUGCUCAUCAUACUGCUCGUGCUCAAAGUCAAGUACAGGACCGACACGAACAGAUAUAAGAUCGAAAUGCCCAAAGCUUACGGAGCUCCCGUCGACCAAGGCUCGGACAGGGGCGGCUUGUGCCAUCAGCAGCAGCAGCAGCAUCUCCAUCACCAGCAGCAGGCCAACCUGCUGUCGCCGGGCAACUAUCCGUCGUCGGCUCAGUCGUCGCCCACUUACGCGCACAACAACUUCAGGCCGCACAGCGGCGGCGGCGGUGUCGGCGGCAUGGUCGGAAUGAGCAACAAGCCCAAGAAGAGACAGGACGUCAAGGAGUGGUACGUGUGAGGCGGUCAGGCGUACACGUGCCGUACGCUCACCGCCGUACCCAUACGGCACAGCUCGGAAAACAACAACGAUAAUAAUACGCCCAAAUAUUAUUAUACCUACGACCUGGUGUUGUGUAUAUAAGCGUGUACGUUAUAAACGUUAUCAUGUUUUAGGUGUCCUUACCUAAAUAUUAUUUUGUGUAAUAUUGUAAAUCUAUAUGUAUAUUAUAAUAUAAUAUAAUAGUGCAUUUUAUAUAGGUAGGUAUUGUGUUUAGGCUAGGUAGCUAGGUAACCGAUGUAAAUAUUAUAAUAUAUAUAUUAUAAUUGUAUUUCGCGCGUCGCGACGUACCUAUACGAAGACGGACCGUGUACGCGUGUUGGUAACGAUGAGGUGACCGUACGUGGUAUGCACCGCUUGCGAAUAUCAUAGUACCUAUUAUUAUAUUAUCAGGUAUAUACCACGCGCGUUAUACGCGUAGAUACCGCGAACUUAGAAACCAGACUGCUACCGCGCAGUAGCGCGAUCCGCGUGUGAUACGUCAUUUGUAAUAUCGUUUACGGAGCGUAAUGUUUUAUUGAUAUUCACAACUUACUAUAAUAAUUAUUCAUACAUAUAUAUUUGUAUAUUUCAAUAUAAUAAUAUUGUUUCCUAUCCUAAACGAAUAUAGUAUUGUAAUUUACGCGACGAUCGUAUAUCGUAUUCGAAACAAAAAUAUCAUCCAUCAGUUACGUCAAAAAAAUCGUCCGCAAGACUUUGAUGAUAGUGACUACGGGUACGUUUUAACCCCACGACGAGGAUCGUUGUCGGUUUUUAAAUAUUUACAAUGAUCUGUUAGACCGUGCUUUCGAAUUAUGUUAUUUUAUAUUAUAAUUAAUAUUAGACGCGUACGGUUUUUAUCUUUAUUGGUCUUUUUAUUUUUAUUAUCAUAUUGGUACCCAAUGCUAUAUUCUGUCAUUAUUCUUCUAUCUUUUACUGUACCUAUACAUAAUAUUAGGUAGGUAACUAUCGUAAUCUGUUAUAUUUUAGUAAUAUGAUUAUGGAUAGGUAGCGUUAGAAUGUAUAUGGCAUUAUGAACUCUAAAAAAAAAAAAAAUUAUUAAAAUAUAUCAAAGUAGGUACCUAUAUAAUGUAUCAUAUCUGGAAUUGUAUAAACUUAAAAUAUUCAUUCAAUUUCAUAUUAUUCAAAAAGUAAUACAUAUACAUUAAUUAUAAUAGUUCUAGUGAUACACGUCAGUGGUGUCGUUUAAGAGUGACGAAGUGGGCAUUUAUCCCUAUUUUAUUUUGAAAUAUAAUCUAUUUUGUAGCUUUAUAUCUGUAAAGUAUGGAUACGAAUAUACGAAAACAUUUUUAAUACCUAAUCAAAAUAAAAUAUAAAAUAUCUACUACAUUAUACUAAUAAAUUAUGUUUUUUUAAUAAAAAAUAAAGUUUCGUUAUAACGAUUAUAAAAUAAAAUGUCUAAAUUAUAAAUUAUAAAAUAUGAAAGAUGGCAAAAAUAAUUAAAUAAAAAUGUAAGUACAAACAUGGUUAAGAGCAUAGCAAGUAAUAUUUUUAAGCUAAGUACCUAUUUGAACUGAGCAAAACUUUCCACCUCUCAUUCUAUUGAAAACUGAAAUGAUACCACUGAUACACGUUGAACAUUCUUGUAAGUUGUGAUAUCAAAAAUAUUAUCUAAUAUUUUUCUAUUGCCAUUACCUAUAAUGGGUAGGUAUUAACCACGAGUGUUUGGCAUUUAUGAAGGUAUGACACACGCACAUGUAAUUUUAAAAAAUAUUUACCUACGUUGAUUCAUAAAAUGUAAGAAAAAUUACCUACUAUGUAUACAAUUUUAUAAAAACUUUACUUAUAAUACUAAAACAAUAUCACAUAAAAUUAAAAACAAAAAAUGUAUUUGGUACCUAAGUUCAAGCUAUAGCUAAACAUAUACAACAUUUAAUUAAAUUUAACUGUUUAUGUGUCAUAGCAAACAGAUUUACAAUUUGGUCUAAAAUGUUAUCAACCAUCAAUAUAAUCAAUGUUCUUUAUAAGUCAUAAACAUUCUAAUACCUACUAUCUACCUAAUUUAUUAUCGUAAUUACGCGUUGUGUUGCAGAAAAAGUUUCAUUUUACUAUUCAAUUUUAUGAGUAUGUCUGUACGACAACGCUUUGAUUUUCAAUUUUCAUUUUUAUAUUUUCUCUCUGUUUUACUAAAUGCAUUAGGUAUACCAGAUAAUUAUAUAGCUAUAAAUACAUAUAAAUGUAAGCAUAUUUUUCAGUAUAAAUCCAUGAAUUAUAAAUCGGUUUCGGUGAUUUUUUUCGAUUUUACGUUUCAAGGAUGAGACAAUAAUAAUAAUCAUUACUAAUAGUUAUUUAAAAAUAAUUCAAAAAUUAUGUAUUACAACUACUACUAUAAGUAUACAAUUUUAUAUCAUUAUUAAAUUUAAUUAAUAUUGGUUGUAUAUUAUUAUUAUAUAAUUACUACAAUAGCAAAUUAUAAUCGAAUAUGAUUUAAUAUAAUGAUUUUAUUAAGUUAUAACAGUAACUUCAAAUUCACAAUACUAUAGUACCUAGUACGUGUCUAUAACUUUUAAGGGCAUUAUAUGCAAUUUACUAUAUAUAUUUAUUAUUAAAUUUAAUAUUUAGAAGUACCUACUAACACAUUGUAAUUUAAACCUAUCGUCAUGCUAUCACCAGCUCUUUUGAUUGUAGUACUUAUCUUUUAAAAUUCUCUCAUAUGAUUUUCUCAUUUUUCUUGUUUGAUUUUAAUGAAUACGGUGUGUAAUAUCGCAGGGUUUCCAAAAAAUGACUAUAGAAAAUUUAUAAAGGUAUGUAUUCUGUACCUACCGUUUAAUAAAUAAUACAAUUAGAAUAUCCCAUCAAUAACGAUAACAAGUAGACCCAGAGUAUAGAAAUAGAAAAAAAGUAUGUAUGUUGAAACUCUUUUGAAUUUAAUUUUUUUUUAAUUUUUAAUAGGUAUUUCCAAUAAAAGCGUAUUUCUGAAAAUAAAUUAUUAUCAGGUUCUUACUGCAUGACAAUUCGUGAUGAUUUUUUAUACGAUUUAUCAAAACUUAUAAUAGACCGCUAGAAAAGAGUAUAAGUUAGUAACAAUCUGAGAUCUGAUGAUAGGGAGAUAUCUAAAUUGUAUACGACUGUGACAUGAUAAAUAAUAAUGUGUUAAUAAAAGUAUCUAUAAUAGUCAUAUUAUAUUAAUAUAUAAUACAAAAAUGUAGUACAAAUUCAUUUAAUAGAUGUUGAAGUUUAUUUUUCUUAAACAGUGUAAUAUCUAAAAUGUCGAUUAUAUUGUUUUUAAGUAUUUACCUAUACCUACCUAAUUAAAAAUAGGACAUGAGUUUAUAAGUUCAAAAUCCCUCGAUUAUAAACUCUUCCCAAUGUUUUACACUCGUUAAUGAACAAUCACAUAUCAAUUGAAAAUAAUGAUUGUAUGUUUACUAUAAUUAACUCCUGUAAUACCUAACUUAGUAAUCAAUUACUACCGGACAUGUCUAACUCUAUAAACCAUUUUUUGUGGAACCUAUAUUUAAGUACCUAGUUCGUCAACUACAGAGACUUAUACCGAAAAAUAUUAGUUCUCAUCCUUGUAAUGUAGGUAUCUUACAGUUGUAAUUAUUAAUUAUGUUAUUUUAAUUAUGUACGGAAUCAAAUGUGAAAAUAUAUAACUAAUUAACGGAUUUGAAAAUGCACACACCAACAUUCGUCGUUGGUCUAUAUUCUAUAACAAUAUCGUUUUCUCGUUCCAUGUAAAAUAUAUUAUAAAGUUUAAAAGUAAAAAAUAAUUAUUAAAAAAUGUAGAUUAUUCGUUAUAUAGUGGAAUCUUUGUACAAAAAAAAUUGUUUAUUAAUAAUAAAAUACCUACCUACUAAUAGUUAUAAUCAAUAUUAUCAUGUAACACGCAAUAAUAGUUUUGUUAGUUAACGGGUAAAUAAUUAACUAAAUAGAAAAAUUUUUAACUCAUAGGUAUACAUGAUCAUGCAUAAUAUGUAAAUAUAUUUAAAAUGUAGGUAGUUCCCGAAAUCUACGCUCAAAAUUGAUCGCGAGACAGCAAUUUGAUUUUAUAAUUAGCUUACACAACUAAUUUUCUUAGAUAUCUAUUAACAAUUUGAUAUUGAUAUUUUUAUAGAAUAUAAACGGUGAUAAUAAUUAAAUUUAUAACAUAGUAAUAUAAUAUUAUUAAUCAAUAAUAAUAUUAUUUAUAAAAAUAUAAAUGUGAUCAAAAAACAAUUCUAACGUCUUCAUAAUGUUAAAUGAAGCAUCGUCAAUAGCAUUAAUUUUUAAAUUAAAUUAAAUUGUUUAAAUUAUGUAUAAAUAAGAUACAUUUAAUUUCACACAAGCAUUUAUAAUUUACUAUAGUAAUCAGUACACUUGAUUACUUGAUAAUGAUUUUUUUAGUAUCUAUUAACAAAAUGUUUUUAGAAUAAUUUAGUUUCAUUAAAAUAUAUUAUAUUAUAAUUUUAUAUACGUAUCUACCUAUUUCGUUAUACAAACGUAUAUUAUUUAUUAUAUUAAAUCAUUAUUAUUACUUUUUGUAUUCUAAAAAAAAAUAUCCAUGUCAUAUUUUUUACACCAACAUCAAUUUAAUGGUUCGGAAAAUAUAUUGUAAUUGUGCUAAAAUUAUAAUCAUUUUGAUGUAAAACUUUCAAUUUGAAAUAAUUACAUGUUUUUAUCAAUCAAUAUUUAAUAUUAAAUUUUUACUAUUAUUUGGUCGUUUUAUUGUAUACAUUCAAAAAACUAGAACAAUGAAUUUUUAACGAUGAGUGUAAAACAGAAAUAACAAUACGGUUUAAACAAUUUUAAACAAUUCAAAAAAUUAUUCAUGGACUAUAGGUACGAUUUAUUUAAAUAUUUUUAAUACAUUUAUUUGUAUUACCUAUGCAUACCUAUAAUUAAAAAUGGGUAUAACGUCAAAUAAUGCGAGUCUUUUAAAUAAUUUUAAUAAUAAAAAGUGUUUAACUUGUUUUAUUCUUCCAAAUCAUAUCGUAUUUGUAAUUUUAUAACUAUACAAAAAAAAAUAUUUAAAAAAAAAAAUCAAAGCUUAAAUUACCAGUAAAUUAAAUUAAUUCCAAUUGCUUGUUAAUGAAUUACAACUACCUAUACAACUAUCACAAUUAUUGUUAUAUGAUUUUAGAGAAAAUUGCAAAUUUUAUAGGAUAUCUAAUUUUAUAAUAAUGCUUUUCUGAGAAAUUCAUUAAUGUUAGUUUUUUUUAAUAUUUAAUGAUAUUAUAGUAUUAUACUAUGAUUUUUCAAACCCAUAUCAUUUAAGUUAGAACGUAAAAAGUGUCUCAUUUUUUCCUCAAAAAUAAAUAAACAAGAAUGCCCUUUUAUUUUCAUACUUUUAAAUCAAUAAUCCAUUAAAAAAGUAAAUACAAUACUACUAAUCAGACAGGUAUAUCAGAAGUAGAAAUACACAAUUAGGUAAUAGUUAUUACUUAUUACUUAUAACUUAUUAGGUUCUUGUAUUUAAGUCAAUUUAAAACAUCCAAUUAUCGGUCAACUUUAUUAAAUGUUAGGUUUAACACUUAUUUUAAUCGAAAUCUCUGAGUACCUACUUCGAAAAUCUUACCUAACUUCCAAAACCCAUAAUAUAUAAUCCAACCGAUAUAGGUAUCUACCUAAAAAGAAUAUUUUUUUUCAAAGCAUCAGAAUAAUACAUUUGAUUUAAUCUAAAACUGUCAUACAUUUACUACAUAAAAAUGCAAUAUUAUUAUGAUAUAAUAUCGUUUUGUAUGUAUUUUUUACAAUUAAUAGUAAUAAUUUUAAUUUUAAUUCAUUAUUUUAACAAAUUAUUGUAAUUCCAAAAUUCUAAUUAAUAACCUUUGAUACAAUUUUAAUUGUUAAACCAAUGUAAUAACGAUAAACCAAAUGUAAAUGUAAUUAUAAUGCAUGUAAUAUCUGUUAUUUAAUGCUAAACAUGUUAAAAUUAUAUGAAGCCGUUUCGGUAGAUUAGAUAACAAUCAAAUUACAAUUCUUUAAAUAGGUAUUUAUAUCAAUACAAGAUAUACCUAAAUAUAAGAAAAUUGUAUUUAUUUUAUACGUACCUAAAUAUUUUGAGUAGAAAUCAUAUAACUUAAGUGCGAAAUUGUAUUGAAUCUGUGACAUUAUUUUAAAUGUUUUUUUUUUUUUAAUAUUAUUAUAUCUAUAUUAAUUUUAAGCUUAAUUUGUAUUUGGUGUGUGUAGUAAUGGAACGAAAGCAAUAAAACAGCACAUCUCUUGAUUAUUGAAUCUAUAUGAUAAUGUUAAACAUCAUACAACUGUCAGUUACAAAACUACUGAGAUCAUAAAUUAAAUCAUUAUAAAUAUUAAAUUUUAUUUAAGUAUUAAAAUUGUAACAAUAUAAGAUAUUAUUCAACCCUGAGAUAUGCUGAACUUGACUUUUUCACCUAUUAAUUGUUAAAAAUAUAAUUUAUGUAUCUAUUAGAAAAAUGCUUUUGUAAUUUAUAUGAUUGAUAUAAUACCAGUAUGAUUUUUAAAUGUUGACAUCUAUGUUGUUAAAAGUCUAUACUAAUAAAAAUGUUGAUUAGUUAUCAUAGAAA